CGGGGACUUGGUCAAUAAUACCUGCUCCCUAGCAAUGAAUGACAUGAUCCUCGAGGGAAUGCUCAGCUUGCAACUCGCCCAUCUGCGCUGUCACACUCGUGCUCGCGCCUUGACCUCUCUGAAUCACCUGUGUGCGCCUACUUUUCGACGAAAAAUGGCCUUGUACCCACCUCCGGCCGAGGGUGAAAAGCUCAUCUGUAAGUACACCAAAAAACCAUGCUAUUGCCGUCUUGUCCAGGGGUUGGCGGGUGAUGAUGAGCCCAAAGUGCGGCCGUUUUGGUGGCGGUGGUCUCACCUUGGAUCGGUUGGAAACCCAUGGCGUGAUGAUUGGGGGUUUGGUGGCUUUUUUUUCUUUCUCUCUCUCCCAAUUUGCAUUUAUAUUCGACGACAUGUCUUUGCGAUGACGUUCCGAGGUCGGACACAGUCCACCCGGACAGGAUUCCAUGGCGAUGCGUCAUAAUAUUCAUCCCUCCUGCGGCUGGCUGACAUUGGCCUGACAUCUCACCCCAACCCGACACCGAGCACAACAUGCAAGUCGCCCCAUCCUCCACGGCUCCGAGCAACAGCCAGGCCGAGCAGUUCACGCAGCACGAGCUCCUGGGGCUCCAGCGCGUUGACCUGGACCCGACGUCGCCGAUCCGGCAGUUCCACGCCUGGUUCAAAGCCGCGCUUGACCCGCCGGCGCCGCCCCCAGCCGCCGCCGCCGCCGCCAACAGUAACAGCGCCAGAAACAAGGUCGCGCACCCCGAGACCUGCACGCUCUCGACGGCCAGCCUCCCGUCGGGCCGCGUGAGCGCGCGCGUCGUCUACAUGAAGGAGCUCGACGCGCGCGGGUUCGUCGUCUACUCCAACUUUGGCACCUCGCGCAAGGCCGCCGACCUCGCCUCCAACCCCUGGGCCUCGCUCACCUUUUGGUGGGAGGCCCAGGAGCGCCAGGUGCGCGUCGAGGGCCGCGCCGAGCGCCUGACGCCCGCCGAGUCGCAGGCCUACUUUGCCACCCGCGUCCGCGGCAGCCGCCUGGGCGCCUGGGCGAGCCGGCAGAGCGCCGUCCUGGAGCCCCGGGCCGGGGAGGGUGAUGAUGGUGAGGACGGCGACGGCGACGACGGCAGGGCGCAGCUCGAGGGCUGGGUGCGUGAGGUAGAGGAAAGGUUCGAGGGCGUCGACGACGUGCCCGUGCCCGAGUUCUGGGGCGGCCUACGCGUCGUGCCCGUGCGCGUCGAGUUCUGGCAGGGCCGCGAGAACAGGCUGCACGACCGGUUCGUCUACGAGCGCGAGGACGACAAGCAGGACGAGUGGACGCUGAAUAGGCUGAGUCCUUGAUAUGGGAACGCGGGGAUGCUUUCUCCCGCUCACUUUUCUGUUUCUUACCGUAUAAUGGCCUCGCCUUCGUUCUACCAACGGCCAAGGACGCACGCUGUUGGCUGGAACAAAUGUAGACAAAAGAGAAUGUGAGGGAGACCAUUUUGUAUGUAUGGUAUAGGGACCUAAUCAGGGCAAAACAAAACAUACAACAAUGGCCGAUAACGGUUCACUGCCCACACCCCCAUUACUUUCUGCCUUGAACGUUUACAGAACCACCGCCCUUUGCCUCCG